UACCACUUCAAAGAAGAAGAAGAAAUCACAGAAUUUGAUCCCUGUUUUCUCCCAAGUUUAGCGAAUUCAAUGGCCUCUUUUAAGCCUUCCAUUGCUCUAAACGGGAAGGAUAUUUCGGGAUCCUUCCAUCAACAACGUGCUUCCGGCGAGAUUCACGUCUUUAUUGGUCCCAUGUUUGCCGGCAAGACAACUUCUCUCCUCCGUCGGAUCAAAUCCGAAAGCAACAGUGGCCGAAACGUGGCAAUGAUAAAGUCAAGCAAGGAUACCAGAUACGCUAUUAACUCAGUGGUAUCUCACGACGGCGUGAAAUUUCCAUGUUGGGCUUUGCCGGAUCUCACAUCUUUCCGGCACGAAAUAGGAGAAGAUGCUUAUCAAAAGCUUGAUGUGAUCGGAAUAGACGAGGCACAGUUUUUCGAAGAUCUCUACGACUUCUGUUGCAAAGCCGCCGACAUUGAUGGGAAAACAGUAAUUUUAGCCGGCUUAGAUGGGGAUUAUUUAAGAAAGAGCUUUGGGUCCGUUCUGGACAUAAUUCCGCUGGCGGACACCGUAACAAAGUUAACGGCGAGAUGCGAAAUGUGCGGGAAAAAGGCGUUUUUCACAUUCAGGAAAACGGCUGCGAUCGAAACGGAGUUGAUCGGAGGGGCGGAUGUUUACAUGCCUCUCUGUCGACAGCAUUAUAUCAAUGGGAUAACAGUCGCUGAGGGUUCGAAGACAGUUGUUGAACCUACCAAGGUUCAUCAUCAAACCACUCAAUCAUCUUACCUUGAAGCACCCACUUUGGCACUUUAAUCACAGUUAUGGAUUAUUUAUUGUUUUAAAUCAUGAAUCGUGUCGAAUUUCGCUUGCCUAUUCCCCCCCAUAGCUAUCGUGCUUUGCACUUCUUUGUUUACUGUAUAGUAUCGAUGUUGAUUUUACGCCAACAAAGUUUCUAAUGUUCUUUUUUUAUUU